GUCAAACGUCAAAUCAUAUUUUUAUUGGCGAAGUAGUGUUUCGGGCUAGUGAUGAGAAAUAAAUAAAUAAUUAUUUACUUUUGCGUUCUUGUAAAAAUAUUGAUUUGUGGUUUACGUUUACCUACGAGAUAUUCUUCGCUCUUCUGUGAAGUCAUAUAUGGUUCGUGGGCAAUAGAUCGUGGCAAUUUAAGAAAAGGUGUAAAUCAGCUAUAGUACCCAUGUGCUAGAGACGGAGGCUACGAGCAGCUUCAGCCAUGUCGUCUGUGAAGGUGGCGGUGCGGGUACGCCCCUUCAACUCGCGAGAGAUCGCCAAGGAGUGCAAAUGCAUCAUAGAAAUGUCCGGCAAUACAACAGUGAUAAUGAACCCGAAAGCCCCUCCGGGCAACAAGGAACCACCAAAAAGUUUCAACUUUGACUUUUCCUACUGGUCACACAACCCAAACGAUCCCGACUUCUCUUCCCAAAUAAUGGUGUAUAAAGACAUCGGAGAGGAGAUGUUACAACAUGCUUUUGACGGAUACAAUAUAUGUAUAUUCGCGUACGGCCAGACCGGCGCCGGCAAAUCUUAUACUAUGAUGGGUCGCGGGGAGGAAGGUCAGGAGGGCAUCAUCCCUCAGAUCUGUAAGGACCUCUUCCGUCGCAUUCGACAAACUACCUGCGAUGAUCUCACAUACUCUGUGGAAGUAUCUUACAUGGAGAUAUACUGCGAGCGUGUGCGUGACCUGCUUAAUCCCAAGAACAAGGGCAACCUGCGUGUUCGCGAGCAUCCCGCGCUAGGACCCUAUGUGGAGGACCUCAGCAAGCUCGCCGUCACCUCUUAUCAGGAUAUAUACGACCUCAUCGAUGAGGGCAACAAGGCUAGGACCGUGGCGGCGACCAACAUGAAUGAGACGUCGUCUCGCUCGCACGCCGUCUUUACUAUAUUCUUUACUCAGCAACGACACGACAAAACCACCAAUCUUAUGUCAGAAAAGGUAUCAAAGAUAUCGUUGGUGGAUCUUGCCGGGUCUGAACGUGCGGACUCUACCGGUGCUAAAGGCACACGUCUCAAAGAAGGCGCUAACAUCAACAAGUCUCUCACAACCUUAGGAAAAGUUAUUUCCGCUUUGGCAGAAAUCGCGUCAAAGAGCAAGAAGUCAAAGAAGGCAGACUUCAUCCCUUACCGUGACUCCGUACUCACCUGGCUGCUGCGAGAGAAUCUCGGCGGCAACUCCAAGACAGCCAUGAUAGCUGCCAUCUCACCUGCUGAUAUUAACUACGAUGAAACACUCAGUACUCUUAGAUAUGCUGAUCGAGCCAAACAGAUCGUGUGUAAAGCUGUCGUCAACGAGGACGCCAACGCGAAGCUCAUCCGCGAGCUCAAAGAAGAGAUCCUCAAACUGCGCGAACUCCUCAAAGCAGAAGGAAUCGACGUGGAAGAGGGACCGGAUGGUAGAGUCGUUUAUGAAAAGAAAGAACAACCCAUCACGGAGGAGACAUCGCCGGCGCGCAAGAAGAGCGAGGAGGCGGUGUUGUCGCCCAAGUUGUCGCGCGCUGCUACCACCAUAGCUGAAGAGGCAGUUGAUCAGUUGCAGGCUUCAGAGAAACUUAUUGCCGAACUAAAUGAAACUUGGGAGGAGAAACUGAAGCGUACGGAACAGAUCCGUGUGCAGCGGGAGGCUGUGUUCGCGGAGAUGGGCGUGGCCGUCAAAGAGGGCAUCACUGUGGGCGUGUACUCGCCCAAGAAGACGCCCCAUCUCGUCAACUUGAACGAAGACCCUAAUCUAUCUGAAUGUCUCAUAUAUUAUAUUAAAGAUGGUGUGACUCGCCUGGGUACAUCGGAGGCGAAUGUGCCACAAGACAUCCAGUUGUCAGGUUCACACAUCCUCAGCGAGCAUUGCAUAUUCGAGAACACAGAUGGUGUUAUCUGCCUCAUCCCGCAUCAUGGCGCACUCGUAUAUAUCAACGGACGUGAGGUGCAUGAGCCAAUAAUCCUGAAGACUGGUUCCCGAGUGAUCUUGGGCAAGAACCACGUGUUCCGGUUCACACAUCCCGGACAACGAUACGAGCCCUCCAACAUCGCCAGCAAGGAGAUCACAGACACCAAUAAUACGGAGAUUAUUGAAACUAAUAACGACGAAGGCAAGGAUGGUGAGAACAUAGAUUGGGACUUCGCACAGUGCGAGCUGCUGGAGAAGCAGGGCAUAGACCUGAAGGCGGAGAUGCAGAAGCGGCUUCUCGCCCUCGAGGAACAGUUCCGUAGAGAGAAGGAGCACGCCGACCAGCAGUUUGAGGAGCAGAGGAAGAACUACGAGGCCCGUAUCGACGCUCUGCAGCGUCAGGUGGAGGAGCAGAGCGUCACCAUGUCCAUGUACAGCUCCUACACUCCUGAGGACUUCCACAACGAUGAGGAUAUAUUUGUGAACCCCCUGUUUGAGACAGAGUGUUGGUCGGCGCGCGAGGUCGGCCUGGCCGCGUGGGCGUUCCGCAAGUGGAAGUACCACCAGUUCACCUCGCUACGAGACGACCUCUGGGGCAAUGCUAUAUUCUUGAAGGAAGCUAACGCAAUAUCAGUGGAACUCCGCAAGAAGGUGCAGUUCCAAUUUACCCUACUCACUGACACUCCCUACUCCCCCCUGCCGGGAGAGUUGGCACCACGAGAUGAUGCAGAUGACGAAUACCGACCUGGAGCACCAACUGUAGUCGCUGUCGAAGUCACUGAUACGAAGAAUGGAGCCACACAUUACUGGACAUUGGAGAAACUACGACAAAGGUUGGAGCUGAUGCGUGAGAUGUACCACAACGAGGCGGAGUUGUCUCCAACAUCACCCGACCACAACAUUGAGUCUGUGACUGGAGGUGAUCCGUUCUACGAUCGCUUCCCCUGGUUCCGUAUGGUUGGACGGAGCUUCGUUUACCUUUCGAACCUGCUAUAUCCGGUUCCUCUCAUUCACAAAGUGGCGAUAGUGAAUGAGAAAGGAGACGUGAAGGGCUACUUGCGAGUGGCCGUGCAGGCUGUUAUCGAUACCGAAAAGAACAAUGCGGAGUUAGCGGCGGGUGUGAAGCAAUCCGCUAAGAUAUCGUUUGAAGACGAGGCAGCGCCCGCGCGCAGCCGCCUCAAGACUUUGUCCACACUUUCGGCUCUCUCCGCCGUUGACAAGAACAACGCUCUCAAUCUGGAGGACCGCAUCGCUGACGGACCAGACUCUAAUAUUAAAAUAGAAGAGCUGGGUAUGGGCGUGGGCGAGUGCGACGCUGACAGUGGGCGUGGCGACAGCUCGCUGGCCUCCGAGCUGAAGGAGGAGGAGCUGCCGGAGCACCUGGCUCCAGGUCGAGACUUCACCUUCCGCGUCACUGUGCUGCAGGCUCACGCCGUCUCCACGGACUAUGCGGAUGUCUUCUGCCAGUUCAAUUUCUUACAUCGCAACGAAGACGCGUUCUCUACAGAACCUGUUAAGAACACUGGAAAGAAUACGCCUCUCGGAUUCUAUCAUGUACAAAAUAUAACUGUACCGGUGACGAAAUCAUUCGUCGAAUAUAUUAAGACGCAACCGAUCGUUUUCGAAGUGUUCGGACAUUAUCAACAACACCCACUUCACAAGGAUGCGAAGCAAGAUGGUCCAAUGGCGGGUCGUACACCACCACGUCGUAUGCUGCCACCAUCUAUCCCCAUCUCGGCGCCCGUGCGCAGCCCCAAGUGGGGCGCGGCCAGUGUGGCCCCGCCCUGCUGCUCCUCCCAUCUCCACUCCAAGCACGACCUUCUCGUCUGGUUCGAGAUCUGCGAGCUCGCGCCCAGCGGCGACUACGUGCCUGCUGUUGUGGAGCACAGUGAUGAGCUGCCGUGUCGCGGGCUGUUCGUGCUGCAUCAGGGCAUCCAGCGCCGCAUCCGCAUCACCAUACUGCAUGAACCCUCCUCAGAUCUACAGUGGAGCGACGUUCGAGAACUCGUCGUUGGUCGUAUCCGCAACACUCCUGAAGCCAACGAGGAUUCGUCGGACGGUGACGAAGACGGCGCACUCUCACUCGGUCUUUUCCCUGGCGAACGACCUGCUCUAGACGAUCGCGCCAUAUUCCGAUUUGAGGCGGCGUGGGACAGCAGCCUGCACGGCUCACCCUUGCUCAAUAGGGUCAGUGCCAACGGAGAGGUGGUCUACAUCACGCUCAGUGCUUACCUCGAGGUGGAGAACUGUGGCCGGCCAGCCAUCAUCACCAAGGACCUGUCAGUGGUGGUGGUAGGUCGCGAACGUUCCGGGCGCUCGCUUCGCCGCGCUCUGUUCGGUUCGCGAACCGCGCGUGCUGAUCAUCUAACUGGAGUGUAUGAGCUCAGCCUGCAUCGCGCUCUCGAGCCCGGUGUACAACGUAGACAACGCCGGGUGUUAGACACUAGCGGCACAUAUGUACGCGGCGAGGAGAACUUGCACGGCUGGAGGCCACGCGGUGACUCUCUCAUCUUUGACCAUCAGUGGGAGUUGGAGAAGAUGACCCGACUGGAGCAAGUAGGUCGCACGCGGCACUUCCUCGCAUUGCGUGAGCGUCUGCGUCACGGACACGAGAACACUGUCGCGCCCAAUGACUUCACCAAGACGGAGAAGGAGGUAUGCAAUAUGGCGGCGAAGGCUGCGGGCGAGUGCGCACACGGCGGACACGGUGGACACGGCGCACACGGCGGCCACGCCCCGCACGUGCAGCACGCGGACGACGUGUACGAGCCCUGGGAGAUGACGCCGCGUGAACGAGAGCUCGCUACUAAAUACAUCAAGCUUAUACAAGGGCGGAUAGGUUCCGGAUCUGGUGGUGCUGAAGGUGGUGCGGGUGCAGCGGGUGCAGGGGGUGCGGCCUCGCCAGCCAGCCCGGUGGACGAGGGUGUGUCUGCGGACAUCUCCACCCCCAGUCUGCUCUCCUCCAUACACAGCGCCAGUAGCUUCGAACUGUGCUCCCCGGAGAGGUCGAUGUUGGAGCGUGCAGUGGCAGCAUGGGGCGGUGCUGGAGGUGGAGGUGCGGGCGCGCUGCUCGUGCCCGACUGCGAGGAGGUGCGCGUGUCCGCUGCAGUCGCACGUCGCGGGUACCUCAACGUGCUGCAGCACGGCACACAUGGCUGGAAGAAGAGAUGGCUGGUUGUGCGGCGGCCGUACGUAUUCAUUUACCGAGAUGAGAGAGACCCCAUAGAGCGCGCUCUCAUCAACCUCGCCAACGCUCACGUCGAGUACUCCGAGGAUCAGGAGCAGAUGGUGCGCAUGCCCAACACAUUCAGUGUGGUGAGCAAGGAGCGCGGCUACUUGCUGCAGACGUUGGGAGACAAAGAAGUACACGACUGGUUGUAUGCCAUCAAUCCACUGCUCGCUGGACAGAUUAGGUGUGCGGGCACAGGUCGCGGUCAGCGCGGCGCGGCGACAGGCCGGCGCCAGCGACACCCGCCGCCGCGGCAGCCGCCAUGGCUCACUGCCGUACUUAGACGUGUCGCCAGACCCGCUAGCGGACAUUGACACGGCUCACACACUACCCGCU